UCUUAACUUGUCAGUUGACUGAACAUAAAAGUUUUAGCGUCUUCAAUAGUGAAUGAAGUUCCAGUGAAGGAUCAUGGAUUGUGAAAAUAAGGAUUUCGAGCUAAGAAAAUCUGGAUCUUCUCGCACAAGCAGUGCCGGUUCUUCUAUCAGGAGGCAUUCCUUAAGUUUAUCACUUUCUCUUCCUAAACAGCUAAAUGAUGAUGAUGAUAGUGAAUCUGUAUCAGAAGGAGGAGAUAUUGGGGAUCGAGAGCUUCAAAGCGAUAGAUACAGUGGGAGUGGCAAGCUAAGAUUAAUUGGUGAAAAUGCACCCGAACAUGGAGUGGUUGUUCCCAUUUCAGAGGACUCUAUGUUGGAGUCUAAUGCCAAUUCAUUAUGUUCUCAAGAUCCCAAUGCUAUUAGUAGUGGUACUGCAGUAUCCCCCACAAAAUUAAUCUCUCAACCGGAGCAUAAAAAGAAUGAUGAACAAACAGAGGUGCCAUGGGUUUUGGUGUAUACUACAUGCCUCUUGUUUCUAGCUGUACUUGGAAUAGUGGGGGUAUUGAACAUUAUUUUUUAUUUUGGGUCCAGUAAAAAUGGUCAUUGAUGACUUUACUUAGCAUAUUACAUUUUUGUUGUUCCACAUAGAAGGGGAAGUAUGGCAUUUUGUCAAUGUCCUACCAUUCUGUUUUUUGUUUCGUUUUCACUUGGAGUUCACGUAUAUAUCUAAUUGUCUCUCACUGAUCUCACAUUAAUUUAAAAUUGGUUA